AUGAUGGAGUUUUCCUGGAUGAUCCAGCGGGAGCUCGGGAAGGGCAACUUCACCCAGGAGAUAGCUUUGAUGCGCAAUAACUACGCCCGGCGUAUGGAAUCCUCCGUGAAGGUUCUUAGUCAGGUGAUGGCUCGCAGCGGGCGUGUCUACAGGCGCUGUGAUCCCGGAAAGGAUAAGCACGUGUCCGGGGAGACCUACGAUCGAGUUACGCGUAUCCUGCAGGGCUACGUGGAGAACGAGGCCAACUUGGGCGAGAACCAGGGAUGCUGGGGUACCUGUGGCGACUAUCCGGACACUCGCUCCAAUGGCUGCUACAAGGGAGACAAAGAGUUUUGCAGCAAGCAGACGCCUUGCAACGGAAGACUCUAUAACUGCGGCGACAUGGACUCGGAUGUGGAGAUCUGCCCGAAGAGCUCCAACGGCAGAUGCGAGUCGGCCACUAAAACGGCCUCAUCAUUCUGGCACUAUAUUCUCUGGCGCUGCUCCUACUGCUUCUGCCUGUGCGACGAGCAGGGACCUCUCUCUGAUCGCUACUUCAACCUGCGUGACUCGCUGUCGGACUUCAUGGAGAACAAGGUGGUAACAGGUGUGCGCUUCGUGAAGAGUAAUCGCGUCGUUCACUUGCAGCUGCAGCAGGGCGAGCUCUUGCCUCGUGGAGCAAUCAAUGUGUCCUCUCUAGAAUGGCUGCCGCUGGACUCAUACCACCUUAACGAUGUGGAUGUUCGCAACGACUACGACUACCACACUCUCACCGUCGACAGCCGCGCCAUGGACCUGGACGAGAUAACUUCCGGCUCGAACCGCUCCCUUGUGGUGACUGGGGCCCGCUUUCGCGUCUGGCACAAGCACCUCAACCUGGAGGUGCGGUUCAGCUAUUUCCACUUCCCCACUGGACGGCUGGUGGAACCGAAGCGCAACAGCGUCUGGUUGAACAACAGCAACUCUGAGAAAACCAUCGAAAAGCCACGUGAAGUGCUGAUCGUCAAAGAGGCUGAUGUGCCCACUGCCGCAGAUCUGCCCUCGUUGCCGCUGUCCACAUCGAAUCAGUAUAUGAACUUUUUCAGCUCCAGCAAGGUGAAAGACGCGUCCCAGAACACUUUGCCCUUCAUUGAUGUGCAGGAGGUUGUGCCCCAUCCGGCUGUUCCUCUGGCCGGCCUAGGCAUCUUUUACAAGAGUCGUCCUGGUUCCGGAGGCUUCUUUGCCCCCAAGGUUGUUACCUAUGAUUACUCGCAGUAUCUCAGGGAAGUAUCUCUCUCAACAAUCCAAGAUGAUAGUUAUUAACUUGAAAAUUAAUAUAUGACAAUAAAAAUCGCGCCUAAUAUCAAAAAA